AAGCGGAACUCACACUAGACUUGGCUACGCGGCCACAACGAGAUUGCCAUAUUUUGAUUACUUAUCAUGUAAUAGCCAGCCGCGCCGGUGUGAUGCAAACGUAAUCCGUUUCCGGUGUAACUACUGCGUUAUCUGUCUGCAUCUCGCGUGAUAGUUUUGGAUUUUAGUCGGAGAGUAAACCGAGCUUACAACGCGCUACGCGGCUCGCAACUGCAAGUAGGGCAAUUAGAGGCGUGUUGAAACUUAUUAUUGGUACUCUCCGCCUCCCUUAAAGAUAAAACGAACGACGUAAUUUCAAGGAACUUACGCACUUAGAUAAGCAGUUGCGUAUUUUUGUAUUUUAUUACUGUGUUGUAUUUUAUGCCGUCCUGCACUUGUUCUUGGUAGCGUUUAGUAGUUUUCAUUUGUCAAAUUUGCUCUUUUACUGGCUUUACAUGUUUACUUAUUUAUUUAAUUCCUCGUUUAAAAAGAUCAUUUCUACGUUCAAAUAUAAAUAUAUUACGAUAAAGAAAACACAUCAGCUAUUGUGAAACGCAUUUUGUCGCACAUUUGACACCGAAAAUCAAAAUUAUAAUUUUAUCAAACAAAAUUAUCGAUAUCUCGAUUUCUGUACUUUGAAGCUCUCGCAAAGGGCUCUCGAUCUUUUUCCUCUCUCUUUCUCCCUUUCUUUCUCACAGCUGUGCUCCUAUUAUUCCGCCCCGAUCCUCACUUAUGGCGAAACAAAAUGUAAAACGGUUCAUCGACAAUUUUAACAUGGCAGAAAAACUCCGGCGAAAAAUUCGGAUUCCAUAAAUCGUGCGCGAGUGCCGGUUCUCUCUUACGGGAGCGAUGUGACAAUAAAUCGUAGUUUGCCACCUCGGUCGAGUGUCGUCCCGAGCCAUCCCAUAGAAGAACGCGCGGUAAGAGGACUCUCGAUUUUCUUUCCAUGGUUGCUUCUCCUCCGCGACGACGCGACGGACGCGUCGCGACGCCACCAAGGGACCAAAGAGACGUGCACCAAAGGGGCCGCGGAUGCAACGCCUGCGCGACGCCGUUUGUUCAGGGGGUGAGUGGAGGGUGCGUUCGCGGGGCGCCAGCGAUGAAUGAGCCGGCGGCGAUUCUUCUCAGUGCCGCGUGAAACGGCGAAGUCCUCUCUUCGUCGCGACGUUGUCCCGCGUGCAGACGCGACGACAUCCACUCCUUCGGCACACCAUCAACCUCGACACCCCGGGACGUCCGCGAAUUGUCUCGGAACGACAAACGCGAAUCCUUCGUCGGUCGAUUCGCUCGCACGCGACGUCCCGCUCGAUGAAAGUUCGAGGACGCUCGAACCGUUGAAUCAUGCGCGCGAUCAUCUGCGAAAUCGCUGGAAAUAUACAGUAAUCUAUUGCGUAACGCAGGUAUAAAUCGCGAUUCCGUCAUUCUGCAGUCAGAUUCGCGCGGUCAUCAUUGGGAUCUUCGUUUAGCAAGCGUGAUCUUCUCUCUAUGGACCGCUCGCUCAUACAUUUUAUCCUUUUUGAAAUUAUCAAAAAUUUCGCGAAAUAUCAUGAAACUACAAGCUGUAAUUUAUUUGUUUAUGUUGCUUGAUUCAUAUGAUCGCAAUAAAAUUUUUAACUAACGGAUGAUACUUGUCAGCUGACUCGUCGCCGCAAUUCUGCGAUGGAUCGAUGGAAUCACAGUUUUGCUAAAAGAGGGAAAACAUGUCGCAGAUAAAUCUCCCCCACAUCACUGAAAAUUAAUGUGGACAUUUUGACAGUACAACGGUACUGGCUGGCUCGCGAGUAACAAAGACUUCAAGCAGUGCAGUUGAGAGACAUCAACCUCGACAUAGCGAUACCCUACAAGUUACGUAAAAAGUUUUAACAAAAGUGAUAAAAAAGAAAAGAGAAGAUGUCCCAGCAUCUGCCGAUCGAGAGACUCGAAUCACGGACGUUGCGCCACGUGCUACAUCGUUGAAUGUAAUACGCGCUAUUCGCAUAAAUCUCAUGGAGAACGCCGCUCAUGGUCCCCGUCCCGUUUUACCGCACGGUAAAUACAACACGUUGUAAAACUUGGUCGUUACGAACUUCCGGUGAUCGCGAGGUCGAUCGUGUUGGCGGAUACAAAGUGCACAGAAGAGGGACGUCCGACAUCCUUCUGGAGCUCGCAGGAAUGAUCGCGACCGAAGGACGAUACGCGUAACAAUGGACGCGUAAUAAAUGGUUUACGGUGUAAUUUUAUAUCCACCCGCUGAUCGUCCUCGUGUGCGUUUCCUGCGACGAAGAAUCGCCGCGUGAUUGCGGAGCACCGAAGAAGAGACCGCGAAGAAACGGUGAACGUGCUAGCGGACGCGGAGUUCAUGUCGCAACUGAGACACGUUUAACGACUAUCGCAACGACAAUAAUGAUACACCGAUUGGCGGAAACAAUUAACGCGGCACGCAAUUAAAGCAUUGCUGCAGCGCGCGCAUUAAUGAAAACACGCGCCGGCGUUCCGACAAAUUCGACGAAUUCCGAGACGGUAAAUAGGACUGCCGUCGAGAAGGAACGAGAAGAUUUUAAUCUUGACGAGCUUACCUCGUUCUCGCCACCCUUUGUCGGCAGAAGAAAAUUCAUUAAGCUGGCUGCGUCCGUCAUUAUUCCGCAUCCGCGUCGCAGCAUCCGCGGCGAAUUAGCGAGCGGAACGGUGGUAACUGCAAUCGUUGCACCGCAUCUCUCUGGCUCUACUUCCCACGUUUCCGCGACCUCUCGAGAAAGCCCGCCAUGAGCAUUCUGAUGUAUGUUCUCCAGAACGAGUCUCGGGACUAUCCGUCGGGGGUGACUGCGGGACAGAACGCUGCAAUGACACGCGCGGAGGUCGACUUCAUCGGCCAGGACACGACGAGACUUCUCGGCGAGCGGAACACUGUCACUUACGAGAUCAGCAACAACGAAACUUAUCUGAACAACGAAAGCCUCUUUUACAACGAGUCACUGAAUGAGGACUACAUCUUCGACAGGCCCGAUGUGAAAGUAAUCUUCAUCACUUUGUACACCAUCGUAUUCGUCUGCUGUUUUUUCGGUAAUCUGAUGGUGAUCUUUGUGGUGACGUUCUCCCGACGGUUGCGCAGCAUCACAAACUUCUUCUUGGCGAAUCUGGCGGUCGCGGAUUUCUGCGUAGGCAUAUUCUGCGUGUACCAGACGCUCACCAAUUACCUGAUGAACAGCUGGCAGCUGGGCGACUUCCUCUGCAAGGUGUACAUGUUCGUGCACGCGCUCUCCUACACCGCCAGCAUCUUGAUUCUCGUGGUGGUGUGCACCGAGCGUUACCUGGCGAUCGUGCAUCCCAUCAAGUGCCGGUCCAUGCUGACCAGGAGCCGCCUCAGGAUAGUGAUAGGCAUGGUGUGGAUCCUGGCGGCCGUGUACGCUUCGCCCAGGUUCGUCUACGUCGAGACCAUCAGCAACCGCCUGAACAACGGCGAUGUCGACAUCAUCUGCAUAGCCAACAUCAAGAAACACAAUAAGAAUGUCUUAGACGCAGUGAACCUCGUCUUCCUCUACUUGCUGCCGCUGUUUCUCAUGUCCUGCUUGUACACCAGGAUCGCCGUUGGCCUGUGGCGAAGCAGUGCUACUCUCGGGGGACCCGGUCUGGUAGCCAGGGCCAGAAACGGCAGAAUUCACCACGUGCACACGUCCAGCAAAAACGUGUUGCGAGCGAGACGCGGCGUUAUCAGGAUGUUGAUCGCGGUGGUGAUGAUGUUCGCCGUGUGUAACUUCCCGCAGCAGGCGCGCAUCAUCUGGCGGCAUUGGGGCUCAAGCUACGAAAGCACGUCGGACUUCAGCACCCUGCUGACAGUAUCGACCUUCCUGAUCUCGUACAUGAACUCCUGCAUGAAUCCGCUGCUGUACGCCUUCCUGUCGCGCAACUUCCGCAAGGGGAUGCGCGAGCUCUUGCGCUGCCGGACCGCACGCCGUGGCGGCGCCCUGGCGAUGGUGUGUGCCAGUGGUGACCACAACCGUAACGAGAAUGGCACUCACCUGGCUCACAGCUCAGUUGUACGACUCAGUUCCAUUCAGAACAGCCCGAUAACCACGCACACCAUUAUGCAACAGAGCGCUUACGGCAAGAGCGCCUAGUGAACCACUCGAUCCACCAUGGAAGCGGAUCACGAAAUACCUUCACAUUUCAGAAUCUUCCAGAAAGUGAUUAAGAGGACUACUGAAGAGGAUAUCAGGACGAUCUCCUUCUCGGGAAGACGAUCUGGCCUCCGUGACAGUUUCUCAGCGUGGGUUUACUUCGCGGAUAAAGAGCUUCAUUGUUUUAGAGAAACCCUGCCUGCCUGUCUUUCGGAAUUCCUGAAUUCACGAUCGAGGAAUUCAUGAGUGCGAGGAGUGGAUCUAAAAAUGCCCUGUGCACGAACGUUGUAUUCAACGUGAACGUUUUCAUAUGAAACUAACUCUUUCCUCGAGCGUGCGGACUGUCUUUAUUCUGCUCUAGAAUCUUGAGCGUCAAAAUGAUCUCUAGAAUAUCUGGGAAGUUCCGGUACGAUGAUAGACCCGUCGGAAGGCUAUUUAGUUCGGAAAUCAGCUCCUCGAAUCUCAAAUUCUGAUUCCUCUCAAAAGGGAUGUAUAGAACUCGCAGCUCAAUUUCUUACUGGCGCGUGAUACUGUAACCGUAAUUCCGGCUCACAGGGGUCGCGGGAAUUGCCACAUUUCGGGAACAAGAUGCCUCGAUAGCGAUAGUUUUCACCUCACAGCUGAAUGAGCGAGGAGUGUGUGUAUGUGCGAGUUUCGAUCGCGGUCGAAUAGCAUCGAUGCAAUUUUGUCAGCGCGUGUGUGCGCGUGUAGGUGUACGGUGUAUGACUGAAUACGGAGAGCUUAAUCGAAACUUAUUCAGAGCGCAUUACGCGCUCCCAUUCUUUGUGCCUCGGCGCAUAAACAAUACGGGCAGAGGCUAUUGUGAGUCCUGUCUCUGUGUUCGCUCGGUUGAACGUUGCACCCGAAGUGACAACAAGAAACUGCAUUAUGCAACCGAGAUAUGCAUUCGAUCGAUAUCUGCAUUCAUACGUACGUUAGAAUAAGUCCGAGCUUGAGUCAAAUCCUGAAGAAUUUCUUCGUGAAACGUUUUCUGCUCCGAUCUGACCUCAAUUAUUGCAUACUAUAAUAAAUGUUGCAAAUGAUGACACAAUUUCUUCAUCAUCUUUCCUUCAAUUUCUCGAUCCUUAAAUUAUGAACGAUCGAUAAUACCGAAUUAAUCGCCAGCAAAUCCCUGACAAAAAAUUUGCUCGAAUAACGCGCCAGUCAUCAGACAAAUUGAGCGAAAAGCUUGAAAGCUUGUCGAAAGUGUGCGAGAUAAAAGAAUUGAAUGUCACGUGUGAAUGAGUAUCGUGAGAUAUCAAAGACUUAUUAUUGGAUUAUAUGUCAUGUAAUUAGCAAACAAUAAAGAAGAUUGUAAGAAGAA